GAUUGAGUUGAGAAGUCAGAAACCGCAAGAGAAAAUAAAAUUAGUCGUGUUUUCACACCAUUCGUCGCAGCAAUAUUUGUCUUAUUGUAUUGAUUUGAAAUAAAAAUCACACAAAGUGACGUUGAACACAAAAAUAAUUAUUAGCAAUUUAUCUGAAAAUGUAAAUGUGGUGUCUAUUAUUCAAAUAAAAAUGUAAAAAGUGAAAAUGAAGUGCUAUUUUACCGUGGAACAAUUAUUGAUAGAAAAAUCUAUUAAAAGAUAAACAAUAGAUGGUAGACGAUGGAUGAUGAGGCAGAUCUGCGGGAGCAAAUAUUCCACAACAAUGUUAGGGAGCAAAUCAUAUUCCUGCUACUGUUUAUUUUGUUGUACCUUUUCUCGUUCAUGUUAAUCGAGAAAUUCCGGAGGCGAGACAGUGAAGACUACUUUACGGCAGAUGAAGACGAAGUAAAGGUUUAUCGUAUAAGUUUGUGGUUGUGCACGUUUGCACUUGCCGUCUCUCUGGGUUCAGCACUCUUGCUGCCAGUGUCAAUAGUCAGUAAUGAAGUGCUUAUACUGUACCCAAACAGUUACUAUGUCAAGUGGCUAAAUAGUUCAUUAAUACAAGGUCUAUGGAACCAUGUAUUCCUAUUCUCAAAUCUGUCUUUGUUUGUGUUCCUGCCAUUUGCAUAUCUCUUUUCGGAGUCCACUGGAUUUCCAGGAUGCAGGGGGCUGAAAGGCAGAGUGUAUGAGACAUUUAUAGUCCUGAUCUUGCUGGGCAUUGCAAUGUUAGGCCUAGCUUAUGUCAUUUCAGCUUGGCUCAAAGGGGACAGAUCUGGCAUUGAUGCUUUGCUCAAUUUAUGGACGUACCUUCCGUUUCUCUAUUCCUGCGUGUCUUUCGUCGGCGUAUUGAUGUUAUUGGUGUUUACGCCGUUGGGUUUCGUGAGGCUGUUCAGCGUGGUCGGUGGGGUGCUGGUGAAGCCGCAGUUUCUGCGGGAUCUCAACGAAGAGUAUUAUGUGUAUUCGUUUGAGGAGGACACCGUCAGGAGGAGGAUUAAUAACUCGCUCGCUACAGGUGUGGGCUACAUAUCCCCAGAGCCAAUGUACCCAGACCGUGGUGAUAUAUCGGCCCCCAUAGAUGCGAGUAUAUCAAUAACGAAGGAGAGCAACGCGUCCAUAUCUCAGGGGAAAGAGAUUCCUCUAUUGCGGCUUAGGAAUGGCGCGCUGCAAGCCGGCCUCAAUGAGAGGUUACAUCGCAUCGUUGCUAUGAGAAAGGAAGUGGAGAACAAACGCAAGACAUCAUCGCUGCAACGCAACGUGGUGUACCCGCUCGCGAUGCUGCUGCUACUGGCGCUGACCACCAUCACCGUGCUGAUGGUGCUCCAGAAUACAUUGGAACUGCUGAUCGGGAUCAAAGCUCUGCCGCUUAGCACCAGGCAAUUCACAUUAGGCAUCGCGUCUCUAUCGAAGCUCGGUUGGGCGGGCGCAACACUAGAAGCUUUUCUAAUACUAUACUUGCACGCGGCGUCGCUCACCGGCCUCAGCACGCCCAUGAGCGCUCUGCGCGUGCUGCCCAAGACGAGGCGGACACCGCUCACGAGGAUAAUCGCUCUGUGUGCGGUUCUAUUGGCGCAUUCUACUGCGCAACCUUUGCUGGUUAAGAUCCUUGGCAUCACGAACUUCGACCUGCUCGGCGACUUCGGGCGCAUCGAGUGGCUCGGCAACUUCCGGCUGGUGCUGCUGUACAACGGCGUGUUCGCCGCCACCGUCACGCUCUGCCUCGUCAACAAGUUCACGGCGAGCGUGCGCCGCGAGCUCUACAACAGAUUGAAAUGGAUCCCAGAUCUCUUCACAGUACCUGAUGACGCACCACAGAACAUCUCAAGGAGUUCCAGAAUGUCUAUGGAUAGAUCAGUUAUUGUUGACAAGACUGAAUUAAAUCAAAAUAUACUAGAUAAAGAGAAAUCUGACUAGUUUUAUAUAAGUACAAAACUUUUUAAAAUAUUAAAUAAUAAUAAAGAUAUGUUAUCUCAAUUUAUGUUGUGGUGAAGUUGUAUUUAUUUAUUGUUAUGAAUUAUUAAAUGCCUAUAUUCGUAAAGUUCCUA